AUGCCACUAUUGCAACAGAACCCCCCCAUUCAGCCACCCUACAGUCGUGCAUCACAGAAAUUGAAAAGCUUGCUAAGCUCGUAUGGUGAAAAUACUAGCACAACUACAGCCGCCAAGGAAAUGAACGGAAUAGCUCCCAUGAACUUAAUAGAGAAAUCAGUGGUGCAUCCGCCUAGGACCAUAUACACCAAGGCAAACUUCUCCAUCCCGGGCCACUAUGAAGUGCUCCAGAUGUUGGGGAAGGGAUCAUACGGAACAGUUGUCUCAGCUAUCGAUAACCUCAACGCUAACUACCCCAUUCGCAUUGCUAUUAAAAAAAUCACGAACAUAUUCCAGCGGGAGGUGUUGUUGAAACGUGCCAUCCGUGAGCUAAAAUUCAUGCACUACUUCAAAGGGCAUAAGAAUAUCGUGUCGCUCAUCAACCUUGAGAUCGUCAACGAAAAACCGUACGACGGGCUCUAUUGCUAUCAAGAAUUAAUAGACUACGACUUGGCUCGUGUCAUCCAUUCCAACGUCCAAUUCUCCGAAUUUCACAUCAAGCACUUCACCUACCAGAUACUCUGCGGCGUGAAAUACAUCCACAGCGCAGACGUCAUACACCGCGACCUCAAGCCUGGCAAUAUAUUAUGUAGCAUUUCCGGCCAGUUGAAGAUCUGUGACUUCGGCUUAGCCCGGGGGAUCUCGCCGCUUUUCACUAACACAAAAACCUCGAACCAUAUCACCAACUAUGUUGCAACCAGGUGGUAUAGAGCUCCUGAAUUGAUCUUGUCGCAUAAAAGGUAUAACAAAUCCAUAGACAUGUGGGCCAUAGGCUGCAUCCUCGCGGAGUUCUACGGCAGGAAGCCCAUAUUCAUGGGUCAGGACUCCAUGCACCAAAUCUCGGAGAUCGUCAAGGUCUUGGGUACUCCUUCCAGAGACACAAUCAUCAAAUAUGGCUCCUCCAGAGCAUACGACAUAUUCUGCCCCCCCAAGCCACAGUAUGCCAAGAUCCCCUGGGCCGAGAUCUAUCCGUUUGCCGGCCCAGAUGCCCUCGACCUCAUCGAGCGCUUGCUAGACUGGGAUCCCGACCGCAGACUCACCGUGGAAGAGGCGAUAGAGCACGAUUUUGUCAAAUCUGUGCGCGACGUCAACGACGAGCCCUGCUGUCCACACGGACCCUUUAACUUCUCCUACGAAGCAGAAUUCAAGUCCAUGUCGAACCUUCGCGAGGUACUCUACGCAGAGGUGAAGCAGUUCCAGGAAGAGUGCGCCACCAAAGAUGUUGUACCAUCGCUUCCUAUCCCACAACAGAUCUAUCCCAUUUAA